AUGCAGGGCGAGGAGGACGGGGCGGGGCGAGUCAGAGAGCUGCAGGAGCAGAGGAUGGCGGUCCAGAAGAAAACCUUCACCAAGUGGAUGAACAGCGUUUUCUCCAAGAACAGGGAGAAUGUGGAGCUGACUGAUGUCUACACAGAGCUGAAGACUGGAGUCGCUCUCAUUCGUCUGCUGGAGCUCAUCUCCAGAGAGACGCUGCCCCCGCCCAGCCGCCGCAAACUGAGGGUCCACUGUCUGGAGAACAACAGCAUCGCCAUCAGCUUCCUCAAGACGAAGAUUCGGGUGGAUUUGAUUGGUCCAGAAAAUGUGGUUGAUGGGGACCGUACGCUGAUCCUGGGUCUGCUGUGGAUCAUCAUCCUCAGGUUCCAGAUUGGACCCAUUAACCUGGAAGAGCCGGGGGGCGGAGCCAGUGUCGCCCACCGCUCGGCGAAGGAGGCUCUGCUGAUCUGGUGUCAGAGGAAAACGUCGGGCUACAAUGGCGUCGACGUGCAGGACUUCUCAUCAAGCUGGAGGGAUGGACUCGCCUUCAACGCACUCAUCCAUGCACACCGGCCUGACCUUUUUGACUACCGCCGUCUCCAUGGCGACAACCCACGUCAUAACUUGGAGCACGCCUUCUCUCUGGCGGAGCGGGAGUUCGGGAUCAUGCAGCUGCUGGAGGUGGAGGACAUCGUGGUCCCGCAUCCGGAUGAGAAGUCCAUCAUGACCUACGUGUCCCUGUACUACCACUACUUCUCCAAGAUGAAGCAGGGACAGACCAUCCAGAAGAGACUCGCUAAGAUUGUCGGGAUGCUGAUGGAGCUGGACGACAUGAAGGCCCAGUAUGAGAGACUGGUCUCAGAUCUGCUCCGCUGGAUCAAAACCAAGGUGGUGCAGCUGAAUGACAGACAUUUCCCAAACUCCGUGAGGGAGAUGCAGAAGCUGAUGAUGGCUUUCAAGUCCUACAGGACUGUGGAGAAACCUCCCAAAUACCAGGAACGUGGCGUGAUCGAAGCUCACCUGUUCAGUCUGAAGACUCAGCUGACAGCCAACAACCAAUGGGCUUACAAUCCUCCAGAGGGUAAAACCCUGAGGGACGUGGAGAAGAGCUGGGUGAUUCUGGAGAGAGCCGAGCACGAGCGAGAGCGAGCCCUGCAGGAGGCGCUGCUUCACCUGGAGAACCUGGAGCAGCUCGCUCAGAAGUUUGAGAGGAAGGCAGCGCUGAGGGAGGGCUACCUGGAGGACACGCUGCGUCUGAUCCGGAGGCAGGACGUCCGAGGUCUCUCCACCCUGGAGGAGGCUCAGGCGACCGGCCGGCGUCUGGCGGCCCUGGCCACCGACGCUCUGGCCAGAGAGCCGCGGUUCGUCGCUCUGAGGGACAUGGCCAAGACCGUCGCGAGAGGAAACUACCACAGCAAGGAGCAGAUCAUCAGGAGAGAGGAGAGCAUCAGCCAUCGAUGGAAGGACCUGCUGCAGCAGCUCCAAGACCAGAGGGGGCUGCUGGGAAACGUAGUUGAGAAUCUCAGCGUGCUCCGAGACGUUGAGCUCGUCUCCCAGGAGCUGAAGGAGCUACAGUCCCAGGCCAGCUCCUCUGAGCUGGGCAAACAGCUGGCGGAGGUGGAGUCGCUCCUUCAGAAGCAGGAUCUCCUGGACGCUCGGAUCUCGGCUCACGGUGAAACCAUCGUCGCCAUCGGCGGUGCGGCGCUGAAGGUACGACACUGAUUUUCAUCCCAGAUUCAGAGCAGAGUGAGAGCUCUCGACACUCAGUACAAAUCUCUGGUGUCCCUCAGCAGCAAAAGGAGGAGACAGCUGGAGGCUCAGUUGAGUUUGUUUGAGUUCUUCUAUGACUGUGAGGAGUUGGAGGCUUGGCUGUAUGAACGCUGGUUGAGGCUGCAGACGGCCGGACUCGGACGAGACCUCAACCACAUCCAGCUGACCCAACACAAACACAAGGCUCUGGAGGCGGAGCUCCAGGCCCAGGAGUCUCUGUAUCGAGCAGUUCUGGUCCGAGGUCAGGAUCUGCUGUCUAAACAGAGUCAGGUCAACCAGCGAGCCAUCCAGAAGUGGAUCGGCACCCUGAAGAAACAGUGGAGCCACAUGACCGACGAGGCGACAGAACGCCGCAACAGACUGCAGGCCGCCGCAACCAUUAAACAGUACUUUGCAGAUGUGGCGGAGGCCAACUCCUGGCUGAGCGACAGAAAGCCGCUGCUGACCAGCGAGGAUCAUGGGAAGGAUGAGUUGAGCACGGCUGCGUUGCUGCAGCGCCACCUGUGGUUGGAGAAGGAGAUGUCGGCUUAUGGCUCGGAGAUAAAGAGGCUGUCGGAGCAGGCGAGGAGCGCGGCGCAGCUAACAGCUCUGACGACGGAGCCUCAGCAGAGUAAGAUGGUCCAAUACAGUGACUCCUCUGGGGAGGAGGAGGGGCCAGGAGGGGUGACAUCAUCACCACAGAGUGCCAGUGGUGGGAGGGGCUCUGGGAGCUCCGCCUCUCAGAGCGAGGAUGGCAAGGCCAAGGUCCGCUUCAGAUACAGCAGAGGGCAGGUUCCAUGGGAUCGUAACGAGGUCGUAACCAUCGUCAACACUGAGCAGGACGGAGAUCGAGUUCUGGCCAGAGACAGCCGAGGACACCAGCAGCUCAUCCCCAAAACCUACCUGACCCUGCUGCCAGCUCCUCCCCCAACCCCACCCGCCUCCACCGAUGGUGUCCCAGAAAGCCCGAGCAGGAAGUUGAGCCGUCCGAGGCGCAGACGCUCGAUGCGUCGCGGCACGGCGGAGAUCCAGACAACAUGGCUGCCAGACGCACAGUACCAGAGAGACACUGUGGAGAGCACGCAGGCCGGCCUGGACCAGGACUACAACUCCCUGCUCAACCUGGUCAAGUCAAAGACGAGGAGUCUGGAGGAGACGCUGCGUCUGCAUCGAUUCUACAACAGCUGCCAGGAGUUUGAGUCGUGGAUGGAGGACAAGGAGAACGUCCUGAACACCUUCAGCACCGACGCCGACAACCUGGGAGUGGUUCAGGCCAAAUAUGAGAACUUCCUCACUGAGUUGGCGAGUGGGCGUGGCCAGCUGGAUGACAUCAUCAGAAUGUCAGAGGAGCUGGUGAAGAGCCGACACAGUAAACAGAGGGAGAUCCAGGCCAGACAGAGGACAGUUACCAGCAGGUGGGAUCGGAUCCAGAAGCUGAAGGACGAGAAAGGACACGAGCUGCUGAGCACAGCAGACGUGCAGUCCUUCCUGCAGAGCUGUGAGGAGGCUAAAGCUCAGCUGCAGGAUCGGCUGUCCCGCCUCGACGCCGUGGACGUGGGCUGCAGCUCCUUCACCCUGCUGGCUGAAGAGAAGAACCAGGCUCAGGCCCUCAGAGACAUCCAGGCCCUGGAGAGCAAGAUCGCCUACCUGAAGAGCGUCGCCAAGAUGAAGCAGGACUGCAGUCCAGCAGAGAGCGCAGCCAUCUCGGAGGAGGUUCGCGGUCUGGAGGCUCUGCUGAAUCAGCUGAAACGUCAGGCGGCCGACAGGCAGCAGCUCCUGGAGGAGGCGCGCCGGCUGCAGAGCUUCCAGCAGCGGGCCAAGGAGCUGCAGCGCUGGGCUGGCUCAGUGCAGGAGCGCCUCCUGCAAGAGGAGACGGCGGCCGAUGUGGCCUCCGCCGUCGCCCUGCUGGAAAAACACCAGGAGCUCCAGCUGGAGAUGAAGGAGCAGAGGAGCAGGUUGAAGGAGGUGGAAAAGUUGGGUAAAUCUCUUCAGAAGGGCUCGUCCAAUGGGAAGACAGGGGGUGUCGACAUCCAGCGAACCCUGGAUAGUCUCAAUGCUAAUUGGUCCACGCUUGACAAGCUGUGGUCCAGUAGGAAGGACCGUUUAAAGCAGGGGGUGGAGCUUCAGAGGCUGAACCAGGAAGGAGACCGGAUCGAAGCGGCGCUGUCCGGACAUGAAGCCCGACUGAGGGUCGAAGACGUCGGGGACUCAGUGGACAGUGUCCACAGUCUGCUGGGCCGACAGGAGGAACUGCAAGGUCUCCUGAAAGCUUUGGACCAAAAAGUCCAUAAUUUCACCGAACGCAGCCAAGAGCUCGUCAACCAGCAACACUACGCUGCGAAACACAUCACGGAGAGGAGCAGGAGCAUCCAGACGGCCAACAGGAAGCUGAAGGAGAGCAGCAGACAGAGGAGGAGUCUGCUGCUGGCCUCAAAGAAAUAUCAGGAGUUCCAGAGAGAUUCAGACGAGCUGCUGCUGUGGAUGGAAGAAAAGUUUAAGGUGGCCGAGGACGAGUCGUACCGCGACCCCACCAACAUCCUGCGGAAGCUGAAGAGACACGAGGCGGCUGAAAGGGAAAUGCAGGCUAACCAGGUCAGGCUGGACAGACUGGUUCAGCUGGGACAGGAGAUGCUGGCUGACGAGCACUACAACAGUCAGAGCAUCAGGAGGAAGUCGACUCAGCUCAGCAGCCGCUGGAGGAGCCUUCAGGACAAGAUGGCCGACAGAGGGGACAAACUGAGACAGGCGGGACAGCAGGAGCAGCUGAUGGAGCUGCUGCAGGAUGCUAAGAUGAAGAUUGAAGCCAUCCAGUGGAUGCUGAGCAACGCCGCCAAAGGUCACGACCUUCGCUCCAGCCGGCAGCUCCUGAAGGAGCAUCAGCAGCUGGAGCAGGAGGCCAAGGAGCUGGCGGAGAAGAUCAACUCCAUCGUCAGCAGGGCCAAACACCUGGCCUCCAAUCACUUCGACUCACAGAGGAUCCUGCAGGAGACCGACACUUACCUCACUCUGUUCAAGUCUCUCCAGAAGCCUCUGGACCAGCGUCGAGCUCAGCUGGAGGCGUCGGUACUGCUGUUUGGGUUUUAUCACGACGUGGACCUGGAGCUCAGCUGGAUCUCCGAACAUGUGCCUGCCUCUGGAUCUACAGGAUAUGACAAGUCUCUGGCUGGAGCCAUCAGCCUCAUGCAGAAGCACAAGGAGUUGCAGGCGGAAGUGACCACCCACCGAAAACACCUGAACCAUGUCCUAGAAAAGGGGCGGAGCCUGGCCAAAUCCAGCAAAUCAGAAGGAGAAGUGCUCCAGAGGUGCAGCCACCUGAGUGCAGAGUGGGAGGAGCUAGAGGAGGCCUGCAACAGGAGAGUAGCUCACCUGAGCAAGGCCAUCACCAGAGAACAGCUGCUCUUGGACUGCUCAGAGCUGGAGUCCAGACUGUCCGAGACUCUCAGUCUGGUGAACAAUGACGACUACGGCAAAGACCAGCUUGCCACUCAGAGUCUCAUCACCAAACACCAGGUGGUGGAGGGCCUGUUGGAAGUGCUGGAGGUUGAGGUGGAGCAGUUAGGAGACCAGAUGGAGCAGGCUGUUCAGAACUGGAGCCUGGAGGAGCUCAGCAGGCCCUACAGUCGCCUCAGCAGUCUGAACCAGCAGCUGCAGCACCAGGCUGCUCUCAGGGGUCAGAGGUUAAAGGAAGUCCUCCAUCUCCACGAGUUCAGACGAGAGUCAUCAGAGUUGGAGGACUGGAUGAACGAGCAGAGACAGACAGCAGAGUCUCAGGACCUCGGCAAUGACUACCAGCAUGUUCAGUUGCUUCGGGGGAAGUUUGAAGGUUUCCUGAAGCAGCUGGAGGUCGGAGAGGAGAGACUGCAGAGCUGCAGCGACCUGGCUGCUGGACUGAUCCGCAGCAAACACCCACAGAGCUCUGCGGUCAGAGAGACGCUGCAGCAGCUCAGUGCAUGCUGGGAGGACUUGAAGGGCGUGGCCAGGGAGCGCCAGGAUCAGCUGCAGAGAGCUGAGGAAUGUCACCGCUUUUACCAAGACCUGACUGAUGCACUGACUCUCAUCCAGGAGCGACUGAAGAGCAUCCCUGACAACGUGGCGAAGGAUUUGCGAGGAGUGGUCUCACAGCUGAGGAGACACGAAGCUCUGCUCCACGAGCUGGCCGCCAUGGAGCAACAGUUGCAGGAACAGCUGGAUGCGGUCGACUCCGUCCUGGAUCUCUGCACGCCUCACCUGAAUUUCCGCCUAGAGGAAGUGCAGCAGGAAGUGGUGGAGCGGUGGGAGGAGCUCCGACGCCAUGCAGAGCGACGGGAGGACGAGCUAAAACUGGCGUGCCAGAGAUACCUGUUCCUGAACACGGUGCAGGAUUACUUCCUGUGGUGCAGCCAGCUUAUUGGUGCUUUGGCUGCCAAGGAGAGCAUCAGCGACGUGGCGACCGCCGACCUCCAGCUGGCCCAGCACCAGCAGCUGUGGGCCGAGAUGGAAGCCAGACAGGCGACGUACCAACAGGCUCUGAACAUGGGAGAGGAUCUGCAGAGGCAGGACAUGACCAACAGGAAGGAGGUGUUGGAGAAGCUGGAGGCCUUGCAGGCGGAGCGAGACAAACUGGAGGAGCAGUGGAGCAAGAAACAAAGCUGGUUAGAGGCCGUUCACCUGGAGCAGGUCUUCUACAGAGAUGUGAACAGUGUGGACAAAACCUCCAGCUCACAGGAGAUCCUGCUGCAGAGCAGCACUUUGGGAAACACCGUUGAUGAGACGGAGGGUUUGAUCAAACGCCAUGAAGCUUUUGAGAAGCUGCUCAGCUCGCAGGAGGACAAGCUGUCGUCCCUGAAGGAGCUGGCCGAGCAGCUGAAGAAGCAGCUGAGCAGAGAGAAGAGCGGACGGGUCCAAACCAAACUCAAGGCCCUCCUCCAGCGACGUGAUAGGAUCAAGGAGCUGUCCGUCAAACGCAAGGAGGAGCUGGAGCUUUCCAGGAUGCUGUGUAUCUUCAGCCGGGACGUUGGCGAGGCUGAGGCGUGGGUGUCUGAACGGAUGCAGAAGAUGACGGAGGACGGUAAAACUGACCUCAGCAAUCUUCAGGCCAAGAUGAAGCUUCUGCAGAAACAUCAGGUGUUUGAGGCCGAGAUCUUGGCUCACAGCAAGAUCAUCCGAUCUGUGCUGCUGGCCGGAGAGGAGCUGGUCUCCUUUCACCACCCAAGGUCCAAGGAGGUGAAGAGGAGUGCAGCCACCCUGGAGCUCCACUGGGAGGAGCUGAAGAAAGCCAUGGUCACCCGAGGGAAAGCUCUGGAAGAUAACAGAGACUUCCUGGAGUUCCUGCAGAAAGUCGAGGAGGUGGAGGCGUGGAUCAGACACAAGGAGGUGAUGAUUAACGUCGGAGACGUUGGGAAGGAUUAUGAACACGGAGUUCAGCUGCUGAAGAAACUCGGCGAGUUCAGAGGAACUGGAGACAGGGACGUGACAGUGGACGACGCUCACAUCACAGCCAUCAACAGACUUGCAGCUAAACUGGAGAAGAGACAGAGCGCUGACGAACUGGUUACCGUUAGACAGCGGAGACAGCAGCUCAAUGACAGGUGGAGCAAGUUUCAUGGAGAUCUGAACAAUUACAAGAAAAAGCUGGAGGGGGCGCUGGUGGUCCACGGCCUCAUCAGAGAGCUGGAGGAGGUUAGAGACAGAGCCAACGAGAAGAUGCUGCUGCUGCAGGAUCAGGACUGCGGUUUUGAUGUGGACAGUGUAGAGAACCUGGUCAGACGCCACGAGGAAACCGAGAGAGAGGCUGGGGUCAUCCAGGAGAGAUCAAAGGCCCUGGAGAAGGAAGUCUCGUAUCACCUGAAGGCUCGGCCAGUGAUGAAUGACAAGCUGAAGAACAAACAGAAAGAGGUCCAGAAAGCUCUGAAGACUCUGGACAGCGAGGUGAAUCUCAGGAAGGAGAAACUGCAGGAGGCCCACCAGCUCCAGCUGUUCAAAGCCAACCAGCGCCUCCUGCUGGAGUGGAGUGUCAAACAGAGCAGUGACAUGGCAGAGAAAGGCCUUCCUAAGACCAGGGCCGAUGCCGACCGGCUCAUCGUUGAGCAUCAGGACUGGAAGACGGAGAUUGACGCCCGUGCUGAGCGCAUCGAUUCUGUCCGGGACUUUGGCCUGGGUCUAAUCCGGUCGGAUCAUAGUUCGAAGGUAGAGAUCCAGAAGGCCCUGAAUCAGCUGGAGGAAGCCAAAUCCGGACUGGACCGAGCCUGGCUGAACCGCAACACGACCCUGGAGCAGGCCCGAACCCUGCAGGUCUUCCUGGCCUCUGUAGAGCAGUGUGAGAGCUGGCUCAGCAACAAGGAGGCCUUCUUAUCCAAUCAGGACCUGGGGAGCUCAGUGACGGAGGUGGAGACUCUGCAGAGGAACCAGGUCCAGUUCGAGGAGGCCCUGGAGACUCAGGUAGACCAGCUGGAUGAGGUGGAGAGGCUUGGCCAGAAGAUGAUUGAACAGAAGCACUACGACUCCGACAACAUCAGAGCCAAGAGCAGAGCGCUUGUCACUAGGCUGAGCCAGGUGCAGCAGCAGAGCAGAUCUCGUCACAAAGCUUUGGAUCGAUCGCUGCAGCUGCAGCAGUUCUUGUCCAGCAGCUAUGAGGUGUCUGUGUGGCUGAACGAGCGUAACGCGGUGGCUUUGGAUGAGAGCUGGAGGGAACCAACCAACCUUCAGGCCAAAGUGCUGAAGCAUCAGAGCUUCGAAGCGGAGAUCCACGCUAACCGCUACAGAGUCAACACAGUCACCAAGGAAGGAGAGAAGCUGAUGGCCGAGUGUCAAUCAGCUGAAGUGAAGGUUCGACCUCGACUCAGAGAGCUGAGUGACAGCUGGGACGCUCUGAUCCACAACUGUAAGGAGAAGAAAACCAGACUGCAGGAGGCCUACCAGGCGCUGCAGUUCCAGCGUUCGUUGGAUGACAUGGAGCAGUGGGUGGGGUCAGUGGAGAGAGAACUGGCCAAUGAGGACUGCGGAAGCGACCUGCCGUCUGUCAACAGGCUGCUGAAGGCUCUGCAGGGCCUGGAGGAGGAGGUGGACGGACACCGAGACAGAAUCCAGGGUCUGGUGGAAACAGCGAAGAGCUUCCACUCUCAGGGAAACUUCCUGGCUGAGGAGAUCCAGAUCAGAGUGGCUCACACCAUCAACAGCUACAACAGUCUGUCAGAGCCCCUGCAGAAUCGGAGGGAAACCCUGGAGGCCUGGCAGGUUCUGUUCCAGUUCUACAGGGACCUGGAGGAGGAGGCGGCCUGGCUGAGUGACAGAUUGCCCUCCAUCACAGCUAAAGACUGGGGGAGCUCCCUGAGCAGCGCCCAGCAGCUGCUCCACAAACACCAGGCUGUGAUGCAGGAGAUCUCAAGUCGCGCCCCAUUGGUCCAGGCAGUUCAGGAGGCGGGGCAUAGUCUGGUCAGAGGCCGUCACUUCGCGUCUCACGACAUCCGGGAGCGUCUGGAGGAGCUGAAAAGUCUCCAGGAAGAGCUGACGAUGGAGGCGGAGAAGAAGGGGAAACUCCUGCAGGAGGCGCUCAGCAUCCACACCUUCCUCACUGAGGUGUCUGAGCUGGAGCUGUGGUUGGAGGAGCAGCGGGCAGGUUUGGAGUCUCGGGACUGUGGGAGGAGCGAGGAGGCGACGGAGGCUCUGCUGAGGAGGCUCGACUCUGUGGACGUGGAGCUGGAGAACCAGAGGAGGACGGUGGAGAAGCUGCAGGAGAACGGAGCCUCGCUGCAGCACCUCAGACAUCCCAGCAGCCACCUGGUCUCAGAGUCUCUCCCCGAUGUCCUCGAGUGCUUUGAGACUCUGCUCCGACUCUCCUCCGCUCGUCGCGCCACUCUGGAAGACCAGCUCCGCCUCUACGUGUUUGAGAGAGAAGCUAAAGAACUACAAACAUGGCUGACCUCCAAGAAGACUGUGGCAGAGUCCAAGGACUGCGGACAGGAUCUGGAGGAUGUCGAGGUCCUUCAGAAGAAGUUGGAGGUGCUGGUGUCAGAGAUGUCCGGUCUGGGUCGGAGCCGGCUGACCUCGGUGCAGCAGCUGGGCAGGGGGCUGCAGCAGGACCGGCAGGCCCGGAGGAGGGACGACGCCCUCAGCAGGCUGUGGGAUGAAGUCAACAGCAGCAUCAGGACCAGAGAACAGAGUCUGCAGGCCGCCAGAGAGAUUCACCAGUUUCAUCACGAUGUGGACGAGCUGAAGGGCUGGAUGGCCGAGAAGGAGGCUGUGCUGGACUCAGAGGACCAGGACCUGCACUCCAUCCAGACCCUGCUGAGACAACACGAAGCGCUGGAGAGGGACCUGGUUCUGAUCUCUGAGGAGGCCAACAGGAGCCGAGAGGAGGGUCGGGCUCUGAGCAGACGGCAGCCUCAGUCCAGAACUUCUGUGACUCAGAGGCUGGAGGAGCUGGAGGCCUGCUGGACAAGCAUCCAGGACAAGGCCUACCAACGCCGUGCCAGACUGGGCCAGGCUGAAGACGUGCAGAGAUACUUGUCCCGCUGGACUGAGCUCAUGGCCUGGCUGAGGGAGAUGCUGUCUCUGGUACGAGGGGAGGCGCUGAGUGUGGAGGGAACUGACCUGGAGCAGCUCAUCAAAAAGCACGAGGAGUACCGCGUCCAGAUUGACCGACAGCUCAGCAAAUCACAGGCCGUGAAGGAGGAGGGGAGGAGCCUGAUAGAGGAAGGAAACUUCAUGUCUCAAGAGGUGGAGGAGCGUGUCUGUGAGCUGGAGGAGCUGGAGGUGCGGGUGGAGAAGGUUUGGGAGGAAACCAGGUUCCUGUAUGAGGAGGGGCAGGAGAUUUCACUCCUGCAGAGGGAGCUGGAGCAGGCGGAGCGCUGGCUGAACUCCUAUGAAAGCACACUGACGGCUGAGGACUACGGGGACUCUGUGUCAGAUGUUAUGGAGCUCCUGAAGAGGCAGGAGGACUUGGAGGCCAUGAUCCAGGCCCAGAGUGACCGCUUCAUCGCACUACAGAAGAAGAAGACUCAGAGGGAGAAGAGACGGGGUCUCCAGGGCAACGUGGACCCUGAGGACAGAAAACCUCCAGCCAGAGUCUCGUCCCUGAGGAGCAAACCAUCAGAUCUAAAGACGGCGCAGACCUCUUCCUCCAGAGACCUCGUCCGUCGAGUCAGCAGUGGCAGGAGGACCGACAGAACAAUCAGACCCACUGCGCUGGAUAAGAAAUCCAGUCUCUCAGCCUUCGUUAGUACACCACCCAGCCCGUAUCUCCACCCUCACUCAGACUGGAGGAGAAGCUUCAGCACCAGCAGGAAGCCUCAGAAAUGGGAGGCAGAAGAAGAAGCCGACAGUCCCCCUGCUAGUCCCGCCUCCAGCCCGACUGUAAACCCCCGGAGAGGUCAAACCAGCCACUCAGACUUGACCCCCCUCAGAGCUUCAACUGACUCCUCCUCCCCAAAACGUCCUCCAUCACCUCCACCCACCUCCCCCAAACCUCGCUUGUCCCCUGAAACCUCCGUCUCUUCAUCAUCUAAAGUCCACCGUCCCAAAACCAAACCUCCUCUGGCUCCAAAGCCCAGAAUCCUGUCCACAGAGCGGGGGGUCAGACGCCGCUCUGAGCCACCCAGGAAGCCCACCGCACCACCUGACCCGCCUCCACUAAUCAAAGAGCUGGUUCCUCCCACUGAACCGCCACCUCCACCUGUCGCAGAGAGAGCUUCCACCCCCGAAUCAGCACCGCCUUCAACUUCUGCAUCUCCACCUGCUGAAAGUCAGGUUACACCACCUUACUCCCCGGCUGCUGCAGCAAUCACAACGGAGGAGCUAGAAACCGCUGCUCCUCCAACAAAGGAGCUGCCUCCGUCUCCUCCACAGCAACAGUUAGACCUGCCAGAGGAGGAACUCCGCCUCCCCAGCUCCACGCCGGAGGUAACAGCAGUGCAGCCAAUCAGAAUGGAGGGCACGCUGGAGAUCAAACUGAAACAAGGAGGAAACAAGGGUCUGGAGCACUGGGAGGAGGUGUUUGCUGUUCUGGAGGGAGAGACCCUCAGCCUGUUCAAAGACCGAGCAGCUGCUGCACAGAAGACCUCUAGGUGGCCUCCUGUCAGCAUGGUUGGAGCUGUUUGCAGGGAGAACGUUCACUACAGGAGGAAGGAGCACACCAUCAAAGUGAUCCUGGAGGACGGCAGUCAGUAUCUGUUCUCAGCGUCCAGCAGGGAGCUGCAGCUGCUUUGGAUGAAGAAGCUUCAGAACUGCUCUGAAUCUGCCAGCAGCGACUCUGACGACUCAGGGAGAGCGUCGUCAGUCAACCUGAGUUUAGAGAAGUUGGCCGAGGCUCCGGAUGAUUCGACCAAACCAGCCGACAGGAGAACAGAGAGUCUGGAGAGGCAGUCAUCCACAGAGGGGCAACCGCCUCCCAAGCCCCCCCACACUUACUACGACAAACACAGCUACCCUGAGGAGGGGGAGGUCAGGACCACAGGUCCGCAGACCGGUCAAAACCAGUCACCUGGAGCGCCUCCUCCUCCAGCCCCCGACACCCAGGACCCCCCCACUGUGACCCCCCAGGUAACAGAAGACAGCGCGAGCAAAGACAAGUCGAGGAGGGGCGUCUUCAGGAAGUUUUUCAUGAAGAAAUAG